CACACACACAUGCUCCCUCCCUCCUUGGCUUUCUUCUUCCGCCAGCGCUCGGUAAGUGAUUUUCCUGUGCCGCCGGCUGAGGCUUUGCAGGGGGAAGAGGAUUUAAUGUAGCAUGGAGGCAGGCAGCUGGGGGAAAUCACGCGACCGUGUGUGAGAGAGCGGCAAGACGAGUGCCUGAGAUAUGAAGUUCGAGAGGUAGCUGAAGAAUCCUGAGCAGCUCAGCAGCUUUAAGUCGCUCCAUGAUGCCUUUUGGCUUGAUGAGGAGGGAGCUGGCGUGCGAGGGUUACCCCAUCGAGCUCCGUUGCCCCGGCAGCGACGUCAUCAUGAUCGAGACGGCCAACUACGGACGCACCGAUGACAAAAUAUGUGAUGCUGACCCCUUCCAGAUGGAGAACGUGCAGUGCUACUUGCCGGAUGCCUUCAAGAUCAUGUCGCAGAGGUGUAAUAACCGUACGCAGUGUGUGGUGGUCGCUGGGUCAGACGUGUUUCCUGAUCCUUGUCCUGGAACUUACAAGUACCUGGAGAUUCAGUAUGAGUGUGUGCCAUACAAAGUGGAUCAAAAAGUUUUUGUAUGUCCAGGGACUCUGUUAAGGAUUCAGGCAGCGAGUUCCCAGCAGGAGGCGGGGCAUCAGUCAGGGGCGUGGUGUAAGGACCCGUUGCAGUCAGGUGACCGGCUGUAUGUCAUGCCCUGGACUCCGUACCGGACAGACAACCUGUACGAAUACGCAUCAUGGGACGACUUUACGCAGAACCGCCUCACCACCACCUAUAAGCUGCCUAAUCGGGUGGAUGGUACAGGCUUCGUGGUGUACGAUGGUGCCGUCUUUUACAACAAGGAGCGAACGCGGAACAUCGUCAAGUACGACCUGCGCACACGCAUCAAAAGCGGCGAGGCCAUUAUCGCCAACGCCAACUACCACGACACCUCGCCAUACCGCUGGGGCGGGAAAUCCGACAUCGACCUGGCUGUGGAUGAGAAUGGCCUGUGGGUCAUCUAUGCCACUGAGAGCAACAACGGACGCCUGGUGGUCAGUCAGGUGAACCCAUACACGCUGCGCUUCGAGGGCACAUGGGAGACAAGUUUCGACAAGCGUCUGGCGUCCAACGCCUUUAUGGCUUGUGGCGUUCUGUACGCCGUGAGGUCCGUGUACCAGGACGACGACAGUGAGGCAGGCGGGGAUCUGGUGCUGUACGCCUACAACACCAACCGCAACCAGGAGGAGCCUGUGCACAUCAUCUUCCCCAAUCCGUACCAGUACAUCUCCUCCAUCGACUACAACCCCCGCGACAACCAGCUCUACGUCUGGAACAACUACAAUGUGCUGCGCUACCCGCUCGAGUUCGGACCUCCCGACCCCACCGCAGGACCGCAAGUCACCACUCAGACAUCCAGCACCACGCCAUCCCGGUCCUUUUCGUCCACAUCCACCCCGUCCACCAUGCGCCCGCUCCCUGCCACCUUUCACCCCAUCGGCGCCAUAAACAAAGCCCCGGAACUGCGCCCCAUCACCGCUACGGUGCCCGUGACCCGCCGGCCCCCACGCCCACGUCCACGCCCACCUCAGGAGCCCGAGCUGCAGGAGGGGUGUGACCCGAGCGUAGCACGAGGCGUCCAGUGGCCCAGCGCACAGAGGGGUGAGACGGUCGAACGGCCCUGCCCUAAAGGAUCGCUGGGCAUUGCAUCAUUCCAGUGCCAGUCCUCCCCGGUCCAAUGGAACCCACGAGGUCCUGACCUCAGUAACUGCACCUCUCCUUGGGUCAACCAGGUCGCUCAGAAGAUCAAGAGCGGUGAGAAUGCGGCAAACAUCGCCAGUGAGUUAGUAAACCACACACGGAGCCGGAUCCAUGCCGGAGACGUCAGCUCGUCUGUUCGUCUCAUCGAGCAGCUGCUGGACAUCCUGGAUGCUCAGCUUCAACCUCUGAGACCCGGAAACAAGGAAUCAGCCACCCGCAACUACAACAAGCUACAGAAGAGAGAGAGGACCUGCCGAGCAUAUAUACAGGCUGUGGUACAGACAGUAGAUAAUCUGCUGCGUGUGGAAGCUCUAGACGCUUGGAGAGAUAUGAACAGCAGCGAGCAGGCUCACACUGCCACCAUGCUGCUGGACGUGAUGGAGAAAGGAGCCUUCCUGCUCGCCAACAACAUGUACGACACACGCUUUAGUGACCACGCCCCCAACGUUGAUCUGGAGGUUCACAUACUGAACACAGACAUGGAUCCUCAGGAUCUGGCGUUCCCUCAGAGGAGCUCCGGGGAGAGCAGCAUCCUUCUACCGGCCUCCACUGUCAAACAGUACAGCCGCAACGGUCAGGUGAAGGUCGUCUUUUUGCUUUAUAAGAAUCUGGGAGCGUUCCUCUCCACCGAGAACGCCACAGUGAAGAUGGAGGUGGAGUCAGGACCAGGGACAGGGCCUUGGAGGCGGAGCUUAGCCGUCAACACACAUGUCAUUGCCGCGUCAAUCAACAAGGAGUCGAGCCGAGUGUUUCUAACCGUGCCUGUGGUGUUCACCUUGAAACACCUGCAGCUGGAGAACCACUUCAGCCCGAACUGUUCUUUCUGGAACUACUCGGAGCGCUCGAUGACGGGUCAGUGGUCGUCUCAGGGCUGUAAGAUGUUGGCCACCAACAGCACACACACCACCUGCUCCUGCUCUCAUCUCACCAACUUCGCUGUGCUUAUGGUGCAGCACGAGCCCAGUUACCAGGAUCAGAUGCAUGAGGUGCUGCUGGUUGUGAUCACAUGGGUGGGGAUCGUCAUCUCGUUGGUGUGCCUGGCCAUUUGCAUCUCCACCUUCUGCUUCCUGAGAGGCCUGCAGACAGACCGCAACACCAUCCACAAGAACCUGUGCAUCAACCUCUUCAUCGCCGAGCUUCUCUUCCUCAUCGGCAUCAACAAAACGCAGUACCAGAUCGCGUGUCCCAUCUUCGCCGGCCUGCUGCACUUCUUCUUCCUGGCUGCGUUCUCGUGGAUGUGCCUGGAAGGUGUGCAGCUCUACCUGAUGUUGGUGGAGGUUUUUGAGAGCGAGUAUUCCCGGAAGAAGUACUACUACCUGUGUGGUUACUGCUUCCCCGCGCUGGUGGUCGGAAUCUCGGCGGCCAUCGACUACCGCAGCUACGGGACCAGGAAGGCGUGCUGGCUGCGGGUUGAUAACUACUUCGUGUGGAGCUUCAUCGGCCCCGUGUCCUUCAUCAUCAUGCUGAACUUGGUGUUCCUGAUGGUCACGCUUCACAAGAUGGUUCGCAACUCAUCGGCCCUCAAACCCGACUCCAGCCGUCUGGACAACAUCAAGUCCUCGGCUCUCGGUGCUGUCACUCUGCUCUUCCUCCUGGGCCUCACCUGGGCUUUUGGGCUCCUCUUCAUCAACGAGAAGACGGUCAUCAUGGCGUACCUGUUCACCACCUUCAACGCCUUCCAGGGCAUGUUCAUCUUCAUCUUCCACUGCGCCCUGCAGAAAAAGGUCCAUAAGGAGUACAGUAAGUGUUUGCGCCACUCUUACUGCUGCGGGCGCUCGUCCAACUCCAGCGCUCACGGCUCGCUGAAAAACUCAGCGCUUCGCACCAACAACCGCUAUUACACCAGCAGCCAGGCCCGCCACGCUGCAGCACACCGACAGAGCCGAAUCCGUCGCAUGUGGAAUGACACGGUAAGGAAGCAGACCGAGUCGUCCUUCAUGGCAGGAGACAUUAAUAGCACUCCUACCCUCAACCGAGCCCCCAUGGGUAAUCACCUGCUGGCGAACCCGGUGUUGCAGACUCGCACAGGUUCCUCUCCCUACAACACCCUGCUGACUGAGAGCUUCACACCUCCAUCACCUGGAGUCUUUAACUCCACUGUUGGAACCUUCCGUGAUCCAAAGAGCACUCUGGCUAGGAAUCGGGACCAUGGUGGAAUGGAGACACUGCCACUGAAUGGCAAUUUCAACAACAGCUACUCGCUGCGUGCCGGAGUUGCUGGACCAGGGGGGCAAGGCGGUAGCUGCGACUUCCUCAGCGGUGGAUCAGAUGAGAGUCCGCCUCCUUUGCUGAAUCAACGUGGUGCAGAGACACUGGGAGGGAUCCGGCGCAACCUGUCAGAUGCGGCCGCCUUCGAGAAGAUGAUCAUUUCCGAGCUGGUGCACAACAACCUGCGACAAGGAGGCGGCGAGAGAAUCGGUGGUACCCUAGCGCGAGGGCGAACGACUGGAGUGGUUGUUGGGACAGGAGCUGGGGCAGGGUCGAGUGCGGGAGCAGGAGUUGAUCGGCCGACUGCUGCCGAACAGGAAACCGAGGAUGAUGGCCAGCGACACCGAACACCGCAGGACGUGGAGCUGUUAUACAAGGCUCUGGAGGAGCCUUUGCUUUUGCAGCGUGCCCAGUCAGUUCUCUAUCAGAGUGAUGCAGAGGAGAGUGAAAGCUACAUGAACGACUCGAACGAGAGCCAUGGACAUAGUGCAGCUGCCACGGCUGCCGACACAGGUCCGGACUCCCCCGCCCGGGACUCUCUGUACACCAGCAUUACCAACCUGCGAGACUCAUCGUACCCAGACAGCAGCCCUGAUGAGCUCUACUACAGCUCGGGCAGACCCGCACUAGGCAGUGCCAUGCACACCUUCUACCCAACGCCCCCGACAAGGCCUGUAGCCGAUGCCCAAACCCACGGCCACACCCACAAUCCCCCGGAGCCACCACACACCGAGGGGGACGGACAGAUGCAGCUGGUCACCAGUCUGUGACUGUGAGGAACUCCCCCUCCCCAGUCCCUUACACCCAUUCUGUUUCUGUUCCUUUCUCUCGGUUUGCUAGUUUGGAAGUGUAAACGGAGAGAAGUCUCAGCUCGGUCUCAGUGGCAGCAGGUUCUUGGUUCUAUAAGGCAGCUCUGGAGCAAACCUAGUCCACAAACUCCUUCCCUUCCCCUCGGUCGAUUCCCAAGUCCAAAGCUCUCUUAGCAACUGAGGAUAUUUUCAACAAUCCCUUGUGGAUUCUCUUGCGGAUAGUUUUUUUUUUAAUGCAUAAGUUUAACAGUGUUUUCUGUUCUGAUAUUCCUCCCUUUUCUUCCUUUCAUCGAUUCUCAAGAGCUGAGACGUUUGGAGAAGGGGGUUCACCGUUACGCAUCGGUGUGCAAAGAACUCUCUCCACCUCGCUCUGAAAGCUCUUCAGUGUUGCCAAAAAUAUUUUUUUUGAGCCAGAACACAAACUGGAAUACACAUACACACACACACACACACACACACGUGGAAACACGAGUGCACAAACAUAAGUGCUUGUUACUGAACAUCAGCUCAUGAAGAACUGCACUCAUGAAGGCAGUAGCAGGAAGAAGCUGCCCCUGUGGAAUUGCCUUUAUUCCCCUCCUCUGUCUUUUUCUCUCUCUCUUUCUCUCUCUUUGGAUGGACUCUGAUGUACAGGACCCUUAACAAGACUUGACAUGGCUGCAACUGACCACCAGGACUUGUAUUUGAUGCUCUAUUUAAAAGGAGUUUUUUUUUGUUUCAUUUCUGUGAAUUAACCCAUGGACAUCAGUUGCCUCCUCUGUGUUAGGGCCCAGAGAACUUUUUUUUCUCCCUGGUUGUUUUCCGAGCCUACUACAAAACGCCUGUACAUACGAACCUUGAGAAUCAAUAAUGAAACCUAGCGCCAAUCCUAUUCUGUAAAUAGAGACCAGAUAAACAAACGCGACAACGGAAAAAAAAUAAAACGUAUGGACUAUGACGAGAUCGAACAAUUUCUUUUACUGAGACUAAAAAAACAACAAAACAAAGAGUGACACAAAAAUUUAAAUAAAGACAUUUGGGAUUUUAAAUGACAGUCCAUCUCUCACUCCGAGUUUCGUUCACUCUCUCAGGCUCUCAUUUACCCCUGCCCCCAUUGAAUUGUGGGAAAACUGUGUGUUGACAGAGUGAGAAAGAGAGACAGAAAGAAAGAUAGAGAAGGAAUAUUUGUGCAGAGGAAAGAAUCUAGCCCUGGCACAAUUUUUAUGUAUUAUAGACCAUUGUUAAGGUUUGACCAGUUUCCUGACUCAUGCCUCAGGAAAAAGGGAUGCAAGGGGCAAGGGGUUGGGUGGGAAGGUGGACGGGUGGGGCUGGGCCAGGGGCAGGGCAAAGCAGGGCAGGGCGGAUUGCAGGGCGGGGCUUGGAACUGGGGUUUAUCGACAGCAGCCAUAAUGUAGUGUUGGUUGUGUCUUGUUAGACUGAUGUAAUAGAUAUCAGAUAACUAGAUUACCGAUACCUAGGACAAAAUAAAUGCAUUCAUAAAUAAAUAAAUCUCUGAGGAGCAAAAGAGGGGAUGGAAUUUCAAACAUGACUCAGAGUCAUGAGCAAAGCUGCAUUUUACUGUUUUGAAAGCACGGCAAAUCCGUCACAGUGGUUCCAACAGCAGGUUUGUGAUUCUUCUGUCUAGAGGAUGUUUGGUGUCUAUUCGGGUGCUGAAGAGCUUGUACUUAAGAAUCUUUUUUUUUUGUUUUGUUUUUUCUGCCAGGAUAGUUAGACUCGUGUUAAAACAGAAAGCAGAGUUUUUAAAAAAAAUGUAAAAUUUAAAAGAAAUAUAUCUAUUAAAGAAGGCUAUAUUAGCUCCCGUCUCAGAGCCUUCGCUAGGUGUCAGGAAUACUGUUAUUUGGGAGCUCAGUGCCAUGGAAACCGGGAUCACAGAGCGUCACGCCUGAACGACCAGGCAUUAGCAUUUCAUUAGGACAAUGGGCGACCGCCGACUAACAAGACACAUGCUCCGUGUGCUAGAAUCACCAUGUUUUAAUGUCGCCAUGUGUCUUCAGAAACGUGUCCUUCUUUUUUCAUUGGGGGGCUUUUUUCCUCUGCAAGUACCACAUUUUUUGGUACUAAAAAGCAGACCUGUGCUUUUCUUUCUUUCUUUCUUUCUUUCUUUCUUUCUUUCUUUCUUUCUUUCUUUCUUUCUUUCUUUCUUUCUUUCUUUUAUUCACAGCGGUUCUGUAUUAUCAUUAGAAAAGGGUACACCUGAAAUGGUACUAAUGGUAUUUUGGGCAAGGAGGGGGGCUUAUUGUUCAAAUGUAUUGAUUACCUAAUUACAAUGUUACUUCAGGAUUUUUUUCCCCCAGAAUUUUCGUCAAACAAUCAAUCAUCAGUGGUGCAAAAAAAAAGUUUCCAAACCCUUUUCUAGCUGCUAGAAUUUUCUUUUGUUCAUUUUUUUUUACAAUUCAAAAGAUCUGGAACUAAUUCAGUUGAUGGAAAUUCUUCAAGAACCUCAAGUCCCAAAGCGGUUCUUGUUAAAUUUGUGUAUUUUCUUUUUUUUAUGUGCAAUGGAAAUCCACAAUUAUCCUCAAUUAAAUUCUACCUAUUUCACGAUA